UAGGCUCCUCCACGGCAAACGCAUAGGGUCUCCCUCUCUCUCUCUCUCUCUCUCCCUCACAUCCACGCUCUGCUUCACACGGCUCCUCCACUCCGUACGUGUUGGGUCUCUCUCUCUCACUUCUUCACACGGCUCCGUACGCGUAGGUUCGGUCUCUCCCCGUCUGCUCCACACGGCUCCUCCUGCUCCGCACGUGUAGAGACUCUCUGCCUCUCUGUGUCCGCACGUCUCCACCGCACCGCACGCGUUUGGGCUCUCUCUCUCUCUCUCUCCCUCUCCCCGCCGGAUCGUGACUGUGCGCGCGCGUCGGCGCGGGGCCGACCUCGCGGCGGGAUGCAGGUGUCGUUCGUGUGCACGGACCACCGGUCGGUGAGCCGCAGCACCGAGGACCGGCUCAACCGGCAGAACGCCAGCAGCCCCAGCCUGGGCACGCGCAGCAAGUUCCGGGCGGUGGCCAUGGUGGCGCGCAGCCUGGGGCAGCUCUCCGUCCAGAACGCGCCCUCGUGCAGCGACCAGAGCAUGCGCACCGGCAUGAAGUACAGAAACCUUGGGAAAUCUGGAUUGAGGGUUUCCUGUCUUGGACUGGGAACAUGGGUGACCUUCGGGGGUCAGAUCACAGACGAGAUGGCGGAGCAGCUGAUGACUCUGGCGUAUGAGAACGGGAUCAAUCUGUUUGACACGGCGGAGGUCUACGCUGCGGGGAAGGCAGAGGUGGUGCUGGGAAAUAUCAUAAAGAAGAAAGGAUGGAGGCGUUCCAGUUUGGUGAUAACUACCAAGAUCUUCUGGGGUGGAAAAGCGGAGACUGAACGAGGCUUGUCCAGAAAGCAUAUAAUAGAAGGUCUGAAGGCUUCACUCGAGCGCCUACAGUUAGAAUAUGUUGACGUGGUAUUCGCAAACAGACCGGACCCCAACACACCCAUGGAAGAGACAGUGCGAGCGAUGACCCAUGUAAUCAACCAGGGGAUGGCCAUGUACUGGGGCACGUCCCGGUGGAGCUCCAUGGAGAUCAUGGAGGCGUACUCUGUAGCGCGGCAGUUUAACCUGAUACCCCCGAUCUGUGAGCAAGCCGAGUACCACAUGUUCCAGAGGGAGAAGGUGGAGGUGCAGUUACCUGAGCUCUUCCAUAAGAUAGGCGUGGGCGCAAUGACGUGGUCUCCGCUGGCCUGUGGCAUCAUCUCCGGGAAAUACGACAGCGGGGUUCCCCCCUAUUCCCGCGCCUCUCUGAAGGGCUACCAGUGGUUGAAGGACAAGAUUCUGAGCGAGGAGGGACGCCGCCAGCAGGCGAAGCUGAAAGAGCUGCAGGCGAUCGCCGAGCGGCUGGGCUGCACACUGCCCCAGCUCGCCAUCGCGUGGUGCCUACGGAACGAGGGCGUCAGCUCGGUGCUGUUGGGAGCGUCCAGCACGGACCAGCUGAUGGAGAAUAUAGGAGCAAUACAGGUUCUUCCAAAGUUAUCCUCGUCUAUCGUACACGAGGUGGACAGCAUCCUGGGUAACAAACCCUACAGUAAGAAGGACUACCGCUCGUAACGCGGCGGCGGCGGCAGCGUGCGGGGGCUACGGCCACACCCACGCCCGGCCCGCGACGCUCACCCCUUGCCUGUUCCUCUGUUUGCUUGAGCUGCUGCUGAAGGAGAGAGUGGUGCAUCAUGGGACUGGCACUGCCCCAGCCACGCAGAAACACAAACACCAAACACUGUAAGUCAAACCCCAACCCGAGGACCAGGAGCAGAGAGGAGCCCACAGCCCGAGGGUCUCGCUGACGAACACAACGAUAAACUCACCGAUAGACUCAACGAUAGACUCAACGAUAAACUCACCGAUAGACUCAACGAUAGACUCAACGAUAAACUCACCGAUAGACUCAACGAUAGACUCAACGAUAAACUCACCGAUAGACUCAACGAUACUUCAUAUACUUCAGCAAAGAGAUCCUUUUUCCAGUCUAGGAGGAAUAUAUAUAUACAGUAUAUAGAAUUUUUUAAGAACAUGCUUGCUUGGCAGUCAUGCCUUUUUUCUUUUGCCCUUUUUGAUAUGCAUUUUAAUAAUGGGGAUUUAGGUAAAGAUAUAACAUGACCUUCCAUUGUAAAAUGCACUUGUUUUGCAGUUGAUAUUUGUUUAGUGGAAUCAAACCUAGCACUUUAGGGAUCAGGAACGGUGUGGCAUUGGAAAGACUGCACUCUUAAGCAUUCCUUUGUUGAGUCCAGUAAUGAUCGCAUUACCAAAGUUUAUUUUGCGCACCACAAUCUGUUCCCUCUCUCUGUGUCUGUCCCCUGGAUAGCAGUCUGCUCUGUGCAGUCUGAAGCGGUCUGUUCUGGUCAGCAGUGGCCUGCUCUGGUCAGCAGUGGUCUGCUCUGUGCAGUCUGAAGCGGUCUGUUCUGGUCAGCAGUGGCCUGCUCUGGUCAGCAGUGGCCUGCUCUGGUCAGCAGUGGUCUGCUCUGGUCAGCAGUGGUCUGCUCUGUUCAGCAGUGGUCUGUUCUGGUCAGCAGUGGCCUGCUCUGGUCAAAAGUGGUCUGUUCUGGUCAGCAGUGGUCUGUUCUGGUCAGCAGUGGCCUGCUCUGGUCAGCAGUGGCCUGCUCUGGUCAGCAGUGGUCUGCUCUGGUCAGCAGUGGUCUGCUCUGGUCAGCAGUGGUCUGUUCUGGUCAGCAGUGGUCUGCUCUGUUCAGCAGUGGUCUGUUCUGGUCAGCAGUGGCCUGCUCUGGUCAGCAGUGGCCUGCUCUGGUCAGCAGUGGUCUGCUCUGGUCAGCAGUGGUCUGCUCUGUUCAGCAGUGGUCUGCUCUGGUCAGCAGUGGCCUGCUCUGGUCAGCAGUGGUCUGCUCUGGUCAAAAGUGGUCUGUUCUGGUCAGAAGCGGUCUGCUCUGAGCAGUCAGCUCAUCUGUGCUGCCACUCAGGCAGAGUAAUGCUGUAGAACAACAACACCUUAAGCUCAAAAACUCCAACCCUGACACACCACUGCAGAGGCUGACCCAGCACUGACCACUGUGGUGCUGUAGAGUUUUUACAACCUAAGGGAUCUGUAUGAAGUACAGAAGUACACACACACCUAAGGAGACAUAGUUGCUUCCCUUUGAAUUUUAGAAUUUGAGAGCGAAGUGAUAUCUUUUCAUAUUAGGUAUAAUUUCAACAGCGCAGUGACUUGUGUAUUUUCAGACUUCAUCACAGAAGAGGCUGAGUGGCAUGUUGUAGUGGGCAUUAAAAUAGUGUCAGGUGUAAUCCCGAUUGCAGUAUCACAGUCCAAAGCUGGUAUUUAAAAUAUCUAAUCCUGGCCAGUAUCCAUCCAAGGUUUUUAAAAGAAACCAAUGUGCUGAACAAAAAAAAAAAAAACACUUUAUUGGCCAUUUUGAACACAUUAGAUUUUGGUGAUUUACAGCUCUCUUCACUCAUACUGUAUUUACUGCAUAUACAUAGCAUCCUUUGUGGAAAACGUUAAACACACGUGCUCUCUCUCCACCCAACACGCCCCAGACUGUGUUACAUGGGCAGGGACACCAGAACCACACCACGUGAUGUGAUUUGAUUGGCUGAUGGACCCAUUGGCUAAUGGACAGAUCCACACACAGGGACAGAGAGACUGACGAGUGGCGGGUGCUGCUUUCCAUGCGUCUGCAUCCCAUUGGUGUACGCGGAAGCCAGGACUCUCCGCAUCCGUGGCAUUUCACCCUGAUAAAGCCAAAGAUAUGCAGUCUUUUCAUCGAGCUCCGCCAUGUAUCUGCUGAAGGGGAAUACAUGUAUCAUUUUUAUAGCAUGUACUGUUCAACAUUAUUUUACGUGUGUGUGUGUGUACGUGCAUGCAUAUACUAUAUAUAUAUAUAUAUAUAUAUAUAUGGGAUAGCAGGUCAGUUGUAACGCCUAACUUCCUUAUACCAGUCUACGCUUUGCACUGAUUGGAGAACUUUUGUGUUACAACCAACCUGCAUUUUAUUCACGCACAUACAUGCACACGCACUUAUCAGGGCUGCAGCCAGUUCCAUUUAAAUUAAGUCAGAUCAGGAAAUGAAUUGGAACUCAAUGCAUUUUCUGAAUGGACUGCAGUUAAAUGGAGAAGUGAAACUGGCCCUAAUUCUGAUACAUAUAUACUGUAAUAAUAUUAUUAUUAUUAUUAUUAUUAUUAUUAUUAUUAUUAUUUUGUUAAGGAUUCUCUUCUGUGUGUUAGCUGCUCAGGCUGUUGGCUAUAUAAAUAUAGAUACAUGUGUGUAUAGUGCAUAUGUAGUCCUCUCUUCUCUGCUCGUAGUUUAGGAAUGAACAGCGGUGGAUGAAUAGUUAUUUUCAGAUGGGUUAUUUCCCAGCGUGGUCUGUGCAGCUGUCUGGGGCCCGCCUGCCCUGUCCUCUCUUGCUUUUCCGCUGCACAGAGUACCUGUGUGCACAGGUCCUGCCUGUGGGAAGGCCUUGUGUGUGUGUGUGUGUGUGUGUUUUUUUUUUUUUUUAAAGAAUACAGUUUUUUGUAAAAGUCAUUGAAACUGCAGCCACUGAACCAAAGCAUUCUCCAAGACGCAUUUAACCCUUUGCACUGCAUUUGCGCUGCCCUGGAUGUGGUGUGUGCACUGUUCCAUAUGCGCCCCCCCCCCCCCCCCCCCCCCCCCCCCCCCCCCACAUACAUUUUUUUUUCAUUAGGGGGUGGGAGGGGCAGACGCCACGGCCAGUUGUAGUCAUUGUUUGUCUACCCAUAUUCAUAAGUCUCCUCUGGAUGUUUUGAAGUAUGUUGUUCUACUGGUGAUGCAAGAUGAAGAAAGGGAUCCCCCUCCCCCUUGCCCCACCCCCCUGGUCCCUUUAAUCCAGAGGAAAGGGUGAUGGGUCGAUGAGCUGCAUGUCUAUAAGAAGCUGGAGAUGGACGUGGUGAAUCAUCCUGAGGAAAGAUCAGAGGAAGUGCUGUGCUUGUUCACUGCAGAUCACCUCUCUAUCCCAGAGACAUUAAAUAAAAUAAAUUCCUCUGGUAUUUUCCCUUUAUUCCUGUGGGUGUGGCUGAUGGCUGGGUGUAGUCACUUCUCCUCCUCUGGGAUAUACUUUGAGAUCUUUGGUUGAAAGGCGCUAUAUGGUGCAAGGUGUUUUAUAGUUGUUAUGCAGCAUUUCAGUGCAGGCAUUCUGUGUGCUAAUUUUUUUCCAUUACAAAAGCCUUGCUUUGGUUUAACUUGCCUUAAUGUUCAAAACUGAGACAUAGCUCGCUCUAUUUUGCUAGAAUGAAGAUGAAGUCAUUGUUUGGAUUUAGUUGUCCAGAAUCAUUUCCAGUAAAUGAUUUUGUUUAUUUUGUGAUUUUGACUGAGUGAGUCAAUAUAAAAAUAUCACAACAUAUCAGUGUCCUUUUCCAUGUGAAACUCUAAAACAGAAUGCGUGUGAGUCAAAAAAUAGAAAGGCUUGGGUUGAAGUAUUCAUGUAUAAAUAGUGUGGGAAUUUAAUGGUUGCUGAGUGCUGAUUGUAAUAUUGAAGUUUUUUUGCUAUUAAGAUUUGGAUGGCAUUUUAAAGUUUGAGGUGAGUGUAUAUGAGUCUAUCACAGUAUUUGAAAAAAUAGUUGCAAAUGGAUGGAAUUUGUGUCGGGUACAAGUUUUUUGGCAAAGUAAAUUGGGUCUUUAUUGCUGUAUUGAUAUCAGCAGAAUUUAGGCUGUAGAGCAAUGUAACUGUGUUAUCAGUUGUUCAUAUUUCAUCUAUAAGACAGUAGAAAAGUGUUAGAAAGGGACAGUGACACUGAUGGACCCUAACCUGUCCUAUGUAGAGGCCUGCGAUGAAUACUGUAUCUCUUAGUCGACGUCACCAGGACUUUCAGUGAUGAUGGUGGCUUUUUUUGUUCUCUGGGCUUUGGCAUCCCCUAGUGGGCAUUUAAACAAAGAAAAUUCUGCUCCACAUCUCCAUUUGCCUGAAAACUACAGUAGUACUACAUUAUCAUGCUAAUUACAUUCUCUGAAUACAAGCCUUUGCUUACACCACCAUUUGUAAAUAGCGUUAAACGUCAGCAACAUUCAACAACAAUGUGAUUUUAACAAACUAGAGUAAUUGUGCUAAAAAUAGCGGAAUACGGGAACGUGAAGCAUGGCGUAAUAUGAGUCUGAAAUGCCUAAUUUCAAGAACACAAAACAAGGUGGCGCGACCACUAUAGAUCUAUGCAUGAGUUAUUAUAUCAAUAUUAUAUUAGCAGGUUUGGUCUAUAUAUACUGCCCUGUAAUAAAAUUAUGACACAGAAGAAAUACCGCUGAUGUGUAAUCCAUAUUGAUUUAUAGUAUUAAUGGCCUAAUAGUAAUUAAAAUUCUGCGAAAUCUGAUAGGAAAUCUAAUAGGAAAUUAUCUCUCUAUUGAUGGAUCUCUAGAAUAUGUGCGUAUAUGAUUUUCCUUCAUGGGUUCUCAUUGCUGUACUUCUUCCGCUUCUGUUAUAAAGUGCAUAGCAAUGAUAUGUAUACUGCUAGCGCAUGUUCACCGCUGCUGCUGUUAGCUGGUUUGAACUAAACAGAGACUAAUAACUCAAUUGGCUACAGCAUACAGUCUUAUCGAUCAUUGAUAGCCACUUACAAAAAGGCGAGAAGACACAUAAAUAUAAGGGUCUGUGUCUCUGUAUUAUUAUUAUUAUUAUUAUUAUUAUUAUUAUUAUACAAGAUUUAAAACUACAAUCAACAUCCUCAUUACUGUACGGUUUUAUUUAUUAUUUUUAAUAAAAGUGUAUCUCAGAGAACAGCUUGUUUAAUGUUAUUGCUCAUGCGUUCUCAAACAAAUCGAUUCCAUAUCUCAGUUUAAAUGGAUCCAAGUCAUAGUUCUGACCUUUUCCUCAUAUCCAUUGAGAACGUGUAAAAAUAAAGUUCUGUACCAUGAGCUAAAAUGGAGAGGAGCGUGACACCGUCAGUAUCCAUUGCUUUGUGUUCCUUUUUAGUGAGGUUUUUGAUGCAUUGUACUGCAUUGGGUGAAAGAGGUCCCAUAGGGAUUAUCCGUUUAUGGUAACUAUGACUUUUUAACCAGUGUUAUUGGCAAAUAGUCAUUUUAAUCAUAGCACAAAUGUUUAAAAAUUGUUGUGGCUGCGUGACCCAUCAUUUUGUAUUUCACAUUUAUGUUCCGAUAACCAAAGAUCACCGUUACAACAGGCUACAUAAUCCUGUUCUCCAUCAGAGGAGGUGUGUGACAUAGCAGCGUUUUGUUCUAGAUAUAAAGUUAUGAAUCGUUGCGCGUGAAUCGUGGCGUACUUAAUUGUCUCCGUUCGUCCGCCAGUGCUGUGCUAGGCAGUAUCGUUUGCCCUCCCUUUAAGGGGCAGAAAUCGUUGGUGUUUGUGGUAUUCGGCCCAGACUCAUUUCUUGAGUCAAGUUGUUGUUUGAAUCAUUUUCUGGCUGCAGUUUUUGUGUUACGCAUCAGCCUAUAUAUUUUUUCCCCAUAAAAAUUACCCUGACGUGUUACUUUUUACGUACUCUGUUGUGAAUGGUGUUAAAUAUUAUUUGGUUUGUUUCAACUACUGUUUGUGAACACGUCAGACUCAAGCUGUAAACAGGACGCGAAUAUGAGACUUAUUAAAUUAGAUUUUUUUAAAAGCCAUUGCUGCAUGCCAUUUUAGUAACGAGCGCAUCAGUCGAUAACCUGAGCGACAGUUUUGGGGGAACUGAACCCUUUCAUCCACUGCGCGCACAGUAUUAACAUUAUGUACUGUAGAUAAAUGUAUAAAUCAGGCGUUGUAGUCAGUGCCCGGGAUUUCUUGAUUUUUCCUGGGAUUUCUCUCUGCGUCAAUGCACAAAAGAAGAAGAUUCUGUAAGAUGUACAGAGCUGAAACGCACACGUCAACGAUAUCCCGAGGCUUUUUAGAAUCGCAUGUCAAAUUCUGGCAGCCGUGACCGACGUUUGGGAAGCUGCGCCUUGUGUAAUGUCAUGUAAUACCAUGGUCUGUAACCUCCAUGUUAAGAGUUUUAGUACCCAGUACGCGGAGGCCUCGUGCAAAGGCAUCAUACUGGUAACGACUGCGCAGGUACAGUUACCUAGUUGUUUAGUAAUGCUGGUCAAUUAAGAAACUAAAGCAGUGCUGUAGAUAAGAAUUGUAUGUAUUUGAGCAUAAUAUUUGCAUAUUUCCUGAAAAAGUUUAUUUUUAUGUUUUGCCCUUUGCAUUUAAUUGGAAUAGUUCUGAUAAUUAAAAAAGUGUAAUCCUAUUUUUUUAACAUGCACAUUUUCUUCUGUUGAUAUGAGUCCUACUGUAUAUUGAAGGAUGGGAAUUGUUUGCACUGUGAGGGGAUGGUACUCUGAGAUAAAUCCUCAUGGCAGACUACUCUCACUCUUUCUAGGUACAUAAUGGUUUGUCAGAUAUCUUGUAUAUGUAUAUAGUCUGACUUUUGUAAAUAAUAAUGGUUGUGAUCACUGCUUUUUCUUUGGUUUCAUUUCUGUUCAUCAGCAGACAUUGCUUACUGCAUUGUGCUUGAAUUCAGAAGGACAGUAUGUACAGCUUCGAUAUUUAUGAAAUUAAAAUAAAUAUUACUAAAAUGA